UGUCCAAAAAAUACCCUAGGUUUUCCUCCAUGUACCAUUAUUUUAACAAUUCUAUAAAAAUGAGUUUAUGAGCUUCUUUGUGAAGCAAUGAUUAAAUACCAAAAAGCAAAUCUUACUGUUUCACAGCAGUUCUACAAUCGGGAGCCUCGAAAAUGAGACUCAUGCUCACACGUCACUUCCUUGUCACAGCCAGUCAAGGGAGGGAGUCCAAAACAUAGCUACUUACAGAUGCCUGUUAAACAUAUCAGUGACUGCAUUUGGAGAGCUACUGGGAAUCUAUUUUUUCCUGAGAUCUCAAUGGCAAACGAUUCAUAUUCUAAAUCUUACCUGUGCCAAGCUUCCACUACAAAGAUAGUUCUGCCCAUUAUCUACACCAUUAUGUGUAUCACUGGCCUGCCAGGGAAUGCCAUUUCUCUCUGGGUGUUCAUACGCAAAAUUGCUGUCAAAACGUCCACUCACAUCUACCUGAUAAAUCUAGGGAUCUCAAACUUGCUGCUCUGCCUCACCAUGCCAUUCCAGGCCAUAUACUACUCACUUGGGACCAAAUGGCACCAGCACGACACCAUGUGCAAAAUAGCAAUAAAUGGUCUAACUCCAGUGAUCCACAUCAACAUCUGCAUUGGCGUGAUGAUAUUGAGCUGGGUGGCGCUCAGUCGCUUCACUUCAUUGAUUCAACACUCCCAUGCUGACCGUCCAAGCCGGUGGCUCAAAGUUCUACCAGGUGCCUUCCUCUGUCGAAAACGACAAGUGAAAUUGGCCUAUGCUCUGUGCCUGGUCACCUGGGCAAUCGUAACCAUAGCGGUCAUUUCCUUUGUGGUGCUGUACUCGAUCAGGGAGGCUAGGAGUGUGGAGGACAGCGAUGAAGUGUGCUACAGCGUACCAGUGGAGGUUGGCGGGGAAGGAUCUCAUGUCUUCACGUUAGUGGCCGUUUCACUGUUCUUUGUCUUCUUCCUGUUGGUCUUAUGCGCUUACAUGGCAGUGAUCAGGCACAUCUGGAGGUCCAGAAGAAGCACGGUCAUCUUAGACAGCCAGCGAGUCUAUGCAAGAGUGUUUCGGAAUAUUGUUGUCAUUAUGGUGGUGCUGGUGGUCUGUCUCCUGCCGCACCACAUUUAUAAAGCCAUCUUCGUUCAUAUUGUCAAUGAGCAGUCUUGGUCUGCAUCACAAAAGACAAAAGACGCUUGCCAUCCACUAUCCAUGUAUGUGGAGGUGAAAAGUAUCCUGCUAUGUUUAGCAGCUCUGCGAUGUAGCACAGACCCCAUCAUGUACUUCCUGCUGGACAAAAUGUUUCGUAAACAUGCGCUUAGCCUGCUGAGAUUACGUGCUACAAAUGACAGUCAGUCAUCAAAGUCUAAUGUGGGACAGUUAUCUCAGGCAACAAGUGGGUAUCUUUAGACAUUACUUGAGUGCAUACUAUACACGGACAUCUCAUUGUGAGCAGUGUUCUCUAAAUAUUGUGUGGACGCACACAAACAUAAAGCGAGAAACUUCCUGUAGCAGAGCUAAAUAAAUGGGCUUCUCUUCAACUGGAUUGCUUCCGCACGUCCAUUGUUCUUCAGUAUGGAUGUGAAGCUGUGAGAACUCUUAUGUGAAAGAUGCAGAGUUUAAAAAAUGCUUUAUAAAAGAGGAUAUGUGGAAAGGCACACAGUGGAACCCAAUGUAAACAAGUAUUUUGCAAGAUGCAAGUUGAAGUCCCAAUAAAAUCACCUGAUGUUUUGAAAAGCAGCUACAAAUCAGACUGAUGCUUCCAUUUCCACACCGCUUUGAAUCACUGGAGUACUUUGUGUAGCUUUAAAGACAUAGUUUAUCAAUCUCAGACCUUCAUUUUCUGGCCAAAAUCUUUGAGGAAAUUGUUCUUACUUAACUGGAAUCAUUUCUUGAUGAAAAUGAUAUCUGUGAAGCAUUUCAAUCAGGUUUUUAAAAAACAUUAUUGAAAGAACAUUUUUUUUUGGCAAUGGAUGCCGGUAAUGUGACAAUACUUUUGAUUUUAGAUCUUACAGCAACAUUGGAUACAAUUGACCACCAUAUUCUUAUCUCCCGUCUUGAAACAUGUGCCGGCAUCUCUGAAAAUGCCUUAAAUCGGAUUAAGUAUGGGUGAGUGUACAUCAGCUUCAGCACCUUUAUCAUGUGG